AUGACUUUAAAUGAAAUCAGCCAAGCAACAAAUCCAGAACCAGAACAGAUAGAUAAGAUCAUUGUCAAUUUCAUGGUAGGUUUGGAUGACGGAAAAUUACAAGAUUUACUCAAUGAAACAGUUGAUUUAAGAAUUUCCAACAAAAUCCUUUUAGAAAUAUUAAAAUCAUUAUUUAGAGAAAUUUCUAAGCUCGAUGAAACUCAACACCCAAGAUCAUAUUUGACUUCUAUCCGUUCUUUUUAUGAAUCCAAAAAUAUUUUCCAAGAACUUCAAUCACAGUACUUGAUUGAGCUUGCAAACGCUUACGAAUCAGUCAAUGGCUACGAAGAGGCUGCCAGAUUAAGGGAAGACACAGAAAAACCAGAAGAAGAAUUUGAAAAUUUGGAAUUUUAUGAGCACAUAGCUGAACUUUACUUAUUGGCAAAGAAUGAAGAAGAACUCAAGAAAUCUCUCAUGCAAGUAAACGGUAAAAUCUUCAGAUUAAGAACUCCACAAAAAUAUAUCACCAAAUUCGAUAAUAUGAGAGGCAGAUUAUACGUUCUUCAGCAUCAGUACCAAGAAGCGUACCGUGCCUUCAUGAUGGUUAUUGCUUCUUCCGAAAGCGACGAAGUUAAAAAUGAAUAUAAGAAACUUGCUGCAAUUUGUGCAUGUUUGAACAUCAAGUCCAAGGAUAACAAAGCCAUUACAGCCCUCUACGAAGAUCCAGACGUCAAGAAAUACCCAUUUUACAAAUAUAUCGAUUUAAUCAGCAAAAAACAACUGAUUGAUCAAGCCGCUCGUGACGAAUUCAUCGAAGCUACAAAGGGAUUCUUCGACGUUGACUUCAAAAACGAUCUAGAUAAGGCCUGUCUGCAACACAACUUAAAAUAUGCCGAAAAAAUGUUUUCUUCGGUCAAAUUCGAGAGACUUGCAGAUUUAAUUGGAUUCGCACCAAUCGAAACUGAGCAACAGAUCAAAGACAUGAUAAUUCGUCAACAAAUUCACGCUGCGAUCGAUCAGGAGCUCAAAAUCGUUAUCUUUGACAACAAAAUAUCACAAAGCCAAGAUGAAUCAAUCAUUGAGUAUUCAGAUCUUGUUAACUCUGUAAUCAAAGAAAUUUAA